GUUAUCAGCCAACUCGCUUCCCAAAUCCGAGCAGUUGACAGAAAGGAGAAGGAAGCGAUUCGCUUCGGGAAUUUGCACAAUAGGAUUUGCUUCGGGUGGCCGCGCAGGUCUCCAGAACCUGUCAGAACUGGCUGAAUAACACCUCUGAUGCCGUCAUAUGAAUAUAUUGCCCAGAGAUUUUACAGGCUUUGAAGAAAAAUCAGACAACGAACUAAUGUUCCUGAGGCUGUUACUAAUAUACAUGCAAGCAGGGAUUGAAUGCACUUGAUCUUUUCGUUUUAUCAGCUCUAACUGUAUACAAGUAGUCCUCACACAAGGUGAUUGCAUGAUCCCGGAACACUGCAAACGUCAUAAAUAUGAGUCAGUUGUCAAGCAUCUGAAUGUUGUGUACAAUGGUGAAGGCAAAGGAUUGGACCCUGAAGAAGCAUUUUGAAGGGUUUCCUAAGCAGAGUGACUUUGAAUUAAUAGAGAUAAACCUACGAGAUCUAAAGGAUGGAGAGAUGCUACUUGAAAGUUUGUAUCUCAGUGUUGAUCCCUAUAUGAGAGCAUACAGUAAGAGAGGCAUGAAGGAAGGGGACACUAUGAUAGGGUCUCAGGUUGCAAGGAUUUUGGAAAGCAGAAAUCCUUCAUUUCCUGUAGGAAUUUUUGUUGUGGCAAAUGCGGGCUGGACAACACAUUUUAUUUCCGAUGGUAAAAAUCUAUCACCACUGCCUCCAAAUUGGCCAGAAAAUCUUCCAAGGUCAUUGGCUCUUGGAACAAUUGGCAUGCCAGGUCUUACUGCCUAUUUUGGCCUACUUGAACUCUGCAGGCCCAAACCAGGAGAAACUGUCCUAGUUAAUUCAGCAGCUGGUGCUGUGGGCAGCGUGGUUGGGCAGAUUGCUAAAAUUAAGGGUUGUAAAGUGGUCGGCACUGCGGGCUCCGAUAAAAAGUUGGAUUACCUUAAGGAGCUUGGCUUUGACGAAGUCUUUAACUAUAAGACGGUGAAAUCCCUGGAGCAGGCCCUGAGGGACGCUUCCCCCAAUGGCUACGACUGCUAUUUUGAUAACGUGGGAGGUGAAUUUUCCAGCAUUGUUUUGGAGCAAAUGAAUAAAUUUGGGAGAAUUGCGGUGUGUGGUGCUAUCUCCUUGUAUAAUGACACCCAAGUCAAAAAAGGCCCAUUUGUGCAGGUCCCCAUGGUCAUGAAAGAGCUGUACAUGGAAGGUUUUUUAGUCUCACGUUGGAACGAUAGGAAAGAGGAAGGGCUGAAAGCAAUACUGAAAUGGAUUCAAGAGGGGAAAAUUAAAUGCCACGAGGACAUCACCAAGGGUUUCCAAAACAUGCCAGCUGCAUUUAUGGGAAUGCUCAAAGGAGACAACUUUGGAAAGGCAGUAGUAGAGGUAUAAAAAGCACUUUGCCUGGCUUGUGAAAACUCUAUAAAUCGCUAUAUCUGCACUUCCUUAUGGACUGACUUCUCUUCUUACCAAGAAUGAUCCAAGAUUAGACUAAUCCACUAUACCACUCCAGCAUGUCUCAAGUGUGGCCAAAACCACAGAAAAUCAGGAUUAUCAUGUUCAGUCUGAAGACAAAAGAAACAAAUGCCUUUUAGAAGAUUUGUUAUAUCCUUCUUUCAAUAGAUUAUCCUUUUUGAAUAAAAGAAGCAGUCUGAAAAGCCAAA